AUAAAUCAAAACAAAAUGGCAAAUACUUUUAGACUUACGACCACUCUUUUUCUUCUUCUUCUUCUUCUUCCUCUACUAGCUUUCUUCCAAACCUGCCAUGGCGAAUCACCUGGCAUAGCCGUCUACUGGGGUCAAGACGGUCGCGAAGGAACCCUAACACAGGCUUGUACCAGCGGCCUCUAUUCCUAUAUCAUCAUAGCUUUCAUUUACGAGUACGGCAGCUACCAACCCCCUAAUGUUAACCUUGCCGGUCACUGCACUCCGUCCAUCAACAACUGCAAGUUCAUUGGCCCGGAGAUCACUGCUUGCCAAAACCUAGGAAUCAAGGUCUUAAUCUCCAUUGGUGGAGCAAACGGUCAGCGUCAGUCCCUCGCCGAUGCUGGCGAUGCUAAAUAUCUCGCCGAUUAUAUUUACAAUAAUUUCUUGGGUGGAUCCGCCUCCGACCGUCUGUUCGGAGAUGCUGUAUUGGACGGCGUUGAUUUCGACAUGGAGUCGCGAAGUUCAUAUCUUGACGAUCUUGCUAGGUACCUGCAUGAACAUAGUACACCGCAACGAAAGGUGUAUCUAUCGGCGGCUCCACAGUGUCCCUUCCCUGAUGCAAACAUUGGAGCUGCACUUAACACAGGGCUGUUCGACUAUGUUUGGAUUCAAUUAUUAAUAUAAUUUUAUCUGUUAUUUUCGACGUGAGUGUCAAGCUGGCAUCAGGGCGUCACAAAUUUUUAUAAAAAUAAUCAAUGAACGAUGAAAAUUAUAUAAACUAAGAAAAAACAGUAAAAGCAUUUCUAACAAGGUAAAAAUACACGAAAAACAGCCUCGUUCUAAUAAGAGAGAAUAGGGAGGGAAGAGUGUAUUUGAAUCCACUUAUUGUGUAA